GGGCGGAUGUAGGGGUGGACUCUCGAAAAAAAAAAAAAAAAAUUUAUUAUACUAAUUUUAGCCUAGCCCAAAAAAAAACAGAAAAGAAAUAUUAAUAGUAUUAGCCCACCCCAAAAUUAGCCCACCCAAUCAAGUUGAAGUCAACUCAGACACCAUACUAAGGCCCAAGCCAAAUAAGCCCAAGCCGGCCCUGACCCAAUAAUUCCAGCCUCCCCAAUCGCCUCCAUCUCUAUUCUGGUGGUACUCAACUCUGAACUUGCCCUCGCUCUCUCUCUGUCUCUUUCUCUCCCUCUCCAACUUCAAACUACAAAAUCUACAAGAAUCAGAAGUUCAAAACCCAUAUAUUUCAGUUUAUCGAUCUGUCUGCAAGAAUCAAAAGUUCAAAACCCAUAUCGGCAUAUCAUUUCAGAUUGUUCAAAAAAUCAAAACCCAUAUCUUUCAGUUUCCAUCGCCCGCGGUUCCAGUUCGGGUUCGCCGUUCGCAAGCUUCAGCCGCUGGCCCGCUGUCUCUCAACUCUCAAGCUUGCCCCCCCCUCUCUCUCUGCAACUGCUAACUUGCCUGUCGUUUAUUGAAUUGUGUAAUCUGGAACAAAUGGAGACGUGUUUGGAAGUUUCAGAACAGUCCGUGGACUUCAAUUGUGAACAAAAUGCAUGGAGUUUAAAUGGUGAUAGUAAUGCGAUCAUCAUGCCGGGAGAGAAAAGGAUAAAAAAGAAUGGCAAAAAUCAGGGACAUGAACUGGUUGAAACAAAGAAAAACCCGAAGCUGAGGAAAUCCCAGAAAAGAAAGCUGAAGAAGCUAGAGGAGGAGAAGGAGAAAGCAUGUCUAUUAUCCAAAAGCAUUGAGACCUUGGAGAAGUACAAGAUACGAGAUGAUGUAUAUUCACUUAUGUGGUCUUCACGGAAUAUUGGUCAGGUUGAAACUGUCCGCGAAAAACGUAGGAGGGCAAUGCAGUUUUCGAAGGUGGGUUUAGGAAUUCAACACAAUGAUCAAUCCUUCAAGAGCAGGGUUGCCAUCAGUACUUUCUCCGAAACUGAACCGGAUGCCGAUGAAAUCCACUCAAGACGAAACCAUGAUGAUGAUAACUUUUUGCAACCAACAAUAGCAGCCGAAAAUGUCCCAAGCAACGUUCCUGUUUCUUUAGGAUCUUUUCGAGAAUCAAUUUGUAGCAGUGGACUUGGUGCAAAAGGUGGACCUGAUGCUGCUUGUUCAGUGAGGGAAGUUGCGGAUCAGAAAGGUGACUCAUGUAUACAUGAUGAUGUGCCCAAUUCUUCCCCCACACCAUGCAGUCAUGAUGGCAGAAAAAUUAUUCAGCCAAUGGAUGGCACAGAUCAGGGUCCAACAAUUAUCAACAAUAUGAGCAAUCUAGCAGAUUGUCCUCCAGUGACAGUUCUAACAGCCCCAACUGUAGUGCAUGUAUCAAGACCAAAGGAGGUUGAGAGCAAGAGAAAUGAUCUUCCAAUAGUUAUGAUGGAACAGGAGAUAAUGGAAGCGAUAAAUGAAAAUACGAGUGUGAUUAUAUGUGGUGAGACUGGUUGUGGUAAAACCACUCAAGUUCCACAGUUUCUUUAUGAAGCUGGCUUUGGUUCAAACCAGUCCAGUGUUCAAAGUGGUAUCAUCGGUGUAACCCAACCACGUCGUGUUGCUGUCCUCGCAACUGCUAAGCGAGUGGCCUUUGAACUUGGAUUUCGUCUAGGUAAGGAGGUUGGCUUUCAAGUUAGGCAUGACAAGAGGAUCGGGGACAAUUGCUCCAUCAAGUUCAUGACUGAUGGAAUUUUACUACGAGAAGUGCAGAGUGAUUUCUUAUUGAAACGAUACUCCAUUAUAAUUUUGGAUGAGGCUCAUGAAAGGAGCUUAAACACAGAUAUACUUAUUGGAAUGCUUUCCCGCAUUAUACAACAGCGGAUGAUAAUAUAUGAGGAGCAGCAACAAAAAGUCCUUUCAGGAGAAAAAAUAUGCUCUGAAAGUAAGAUAUUUCCAUUAAAACUCGUGCUGAUGAGUGCCACCUUGCGAGUUGAAGACUUUGUUUCUGGGAGAAGGAUAUUUUAUGAUCCACCUCCUGUAAUAGAAGUUCCAACCCGACAAUAUCCAGUUACUAUACAUUUCGCGAAAAGAACAAAGGAUGGGGACUAUAUUGGCCAAGCUUAUAAGAAGGUCAUGACAAUUCACAAGAGGCUUCCAGCCGGUGGUAUACUUGUUUUUGUUACUGGACAGAGGGAAGUAGAGUACUUGUGCAAGAAGCUGCGAAAAGCUUCAAAGGAUAUGGUUGAGAACAGUUCUAAAGGAAAUGAGGGAAAUGAUGUUACUGCAUCCUCUGAAGGGAAAAAUAUGGAUAAAGAUGAUAUGAUAGAUAUCAAUGAAGCAUUUGAGAUGCACGGGAACUUAGGCCACCAGCAAACUGACCGGUUCAGUUCUUAUGAUGAAGAUCAUUGUGAUCUAGAUGAGGAUGAGUCAGAUUUUUCCUAUGAUUCUGGGACAGAGAGCGAUAUAGAAGUUGUUGAUGAUGAGAAUUUGUUGAACCAGAAAACUCUGGAGGCUGAUGGUAAUCUUGCAGAUGUCUUAGGUGAGGAUGGGAGCCUUGUUUCACUGAAGGCUGCCUUUGAAGCUUUGGCUGGAAAAACUACCGUGACCCCUUAUUCUGAGGUGGAACAGAUUGUUCCUGUUACUCCAGAAGGAUGCUCAAAUCAAUCCAAAUCCAGCUUGGGAGAGAAAGGGGGAGUAUCAAAUGGUUUCUGUGCAGGUUCAAUGUGUGUUUUGCCCCUUUAUGCCAUGCUUCCUGCAUCAGCACAGCUUCGUGUGUUUGAAAAGAUUAAGGAAGGAGAGCGUCUAGUUGUUGUUGCUACUAACGUGGCUGAAACAUCUCUAACUAUUCCAGGCAUAAAGUAUGUAGUUGACACUGGAAAGGAGAAGGUCAAGAACUACAACUCCUCCAAUGGCAUGGAAACGUACGAAGUACAGUGGAUAAGCAAGGCAUCUGCUGCUCAACGUGCAGGAAGAGCUGGAAGAACAGGGCCUGGCCACUGCUAUCGUCUAUAUUCUUCUGCAGCCUUUAGUAACACAUUUCCUGACUUCUCAAGUGCUGAAAUAUCAAAAAUACCAGUUGAUGGUGUCGUCCUUCUGAUGAAAUCCAUGGGUAUUAGUAAGGUCGCAAAUUUCCCAUUUCCUACUCCUCCGGAGGCCACUGCAUUGGUUGAAGCAGAGCAUUGCUUAAAGGCUCUUGAAGCACUUGAUGGCAAAGGAAGACUGACACCCCUAGGGAAGGCAAUGGCACAGUAUCCAAUGAGUCCUCGACACUCCCGGAUGCUCCUUACAGUUAUUCAAAACAUGAGAAAGGCGAAAGGUUCUUCACGGGCAGACCUAGUUCUAGGAUACGCAGUUGGAGCUGCUGCAGCUUUGAGCUUGUCAAAUCCUUUCGUUAUGCAGUUUGAAGGAAGCAAUGCUGACAUGGAUUACUUAGAGCAAAAUGAAAAAUCUAGCAGUAUUAAUAGCAAGAAAAUUUUAGAGAAGGAAGAGAAGUUGAGGAAAAAGAAACUAAAAGAAACUGCUAAAGUUUCCCGUGCAAAAUUUUCUAACCUCAGAAGUGAUGCUUUGAUGAUAGCAUAUGCUUUGCAGUGUUUUGAACUUUCUGGAAGCCCAGUGGAAUUCUGCAAUGACAAUGCAUUGCACCUAAAAACCAUGGAGGAAAUGUCUAAGCUGAGAAAGCAACUACUUCAACUAGUAUUUAACCAAAAAUUUUAUGGUUUGCAGCAGGAAUACUCAUGGACUCAUGGGACCAUGGAGGAUGUAGAACGUUCAUGGAGGGUUUCCCCCGAUAAGUAUCCUUUGUUAUUGAAUGAAGAGGAUGUACUGUGCCAAGCUAUUUGUGCUGGUUGGGCUGAUAGGAUCGCUAAACGCACUAGGGCAGUUUCAGAGUCAUCAUCUGGAGAUAGAAAAGUAAAUGCAGUUCGCUAUCAAGCUUGCGUGGUUAAGGAAACAGUGUUCCUUCAUCAGUGGUCAUCUCUUUCUCGAUCUGCGCCUGAAUUUUUAGUAUACAAUGAACUGAUACAUACAAAACGACCGUACCUGCAUGGAGCAACAAGUGUGAAAUCAGAUUGGCUUGUUAAAUAUGCUGGGCCUUUGUGCAGUUUCUCUGCCCCCCUUGCAGAUCCCAAACCCUAUUACGAUCCUCUUACGGACCAAGUCUUCUGUUGGGUCGUUCCGACUUUUGGCCCUCAUCUGUGGCAGCUUCCACUGCAUAGUUUGCCCGUCAAAGACGAUGACCGUCGAGUGGCUGUAUUUGCUUUCUCUUUGCUUGAAGGCCAUGUGUUGCCUUGCUUAAAAUCAACCAGGAAAUUCAUGGCAGCCUCCCCUGGUAGCAUUUUGAGGCUGGAGGCAUUGGGUCAUAGACGGGUUGGGAAUCUUCUAAGCAAGUUGAAUACAAGGUUGAGAACUAUUGAUAGCUGUGCUAUGCUGAGAGAGGCCUGGAAUGAGAAUCCUAGAGAAUUGCAUUCGGAAAUUAUGGACUGGUUUCAAGAGGGAUUUCAUGAUCAAUUUGAGGAGCUAUGGGCAGAAAUGCAUCAUGAAGUCCUUUUAGAUCCCAAAGAACGCUUUCCCAAAAGGGUCAAGAGAAAGAGAAGGGUAAAAUAAACUGGUUUAGUGAAAGCUAAAUGGGUGACGCCUCUAUAAAUUAUAUGCGUCAACUCUACAUACGUUCUCUCAAUGAUUCUUCACCAACUCCGAACUUUGGAGAAGAAAAAUGUGCUUCACAUUUUAAUUAUCCAUUGAAGAGAGCUCCAUUUUAGCAUUGGAAGUUGCAGCAAGGAGUUGAUCAUCAUUUGGAGCACUCUUGGGAAUUCGAAUGGGGCUGAAUUAGGGCUUUGCUUGGUUUUAUCUUCAAUUUGAGGUAGGGGUCUUCCUAAUGCCCAAGUUUUGAUUCUAUUUGAGUAAAUUUCUCCUUCCUUUGAGAUAUGUCUUUAGAAUUAUUAAAUUUUGGUAUGAAAUUAGGGCUGUCUAUAAAAUGUCUCCCCAGUUGUAGAUGAGUGUUGAUAUUGAGCUAACCAGUCUCUCUCCCCUCUUCCUUAACAGCAACAUUAAGGGGUUCUUUAUACACUAUUUUUUGGCACUCAAGUCAGGUAAGCUCUAUCCACCUUGACUUGAUUAGAUAAAUCAAUAAUCUGUCCUUAUUAACUUUUUCAAUUCAACCUUCAACCUCUGCAACUUUUGGGUCACACUGAACAUAGUAGUUUCCUUAACUCUGCAAAAGCAAACCCUGGCAACAAUAUCAUAAAACUGAGGAUGAUCAAGUAGAAAAUUGUUAAACCUGAAGCGCUUCCUGCUAGUAUGAUUAACAGCACCAAAUUUCAGCAAAAUGAUAGCAUGAUCAGAUAUAUUAGGAGGAUAAAAAACAGCCUCUAGACUCCCUGAACAUACUAAGCGAAGAAUCAUUAACUAAACUCUGUCAAGCUUCCUGAAGUAAGUGCCAUUAGACCAGGUAUAUUUUAUUCCAGAAGGCUUCAGGUCCAUGAGCUUAGCAUUUUCAAUACAUUCCCCAAACUCUUUCAUAUCAGCAUUCCACUCAGUGGAAACCCCCCAACUAUUUAUGUCUGAAUCUGAUAGCAUUGAAAUACCCAGCUAAAAAUCAAGGGUCAUGCUUAUGAACAGUAACCAACUUCUCAACACUAGCCCAGAGCUUCCUUCUCUCAAUUUGGCAGUUAAACCCAUAAUUGAAAGUAGCAAUGUAUUGAAAAGACUUGUCUUUGACAAAGAAAUGGAUCAAUUGGGCAUUACACUCCAAAGUAAGGUUAUCAGAAUUACUACUAUCCAACAGCACCCAAAUCCUCCCAUUUGGACCAUAGUCAUUGUUAGUUGCCAAAUUCCAAUUCUUUGCAAUAGCAGUGAAAGUCUUACUCAGAUUCUGUUACUCUUAGUUUCAACUAGACACAGAAGAGAUAAAGCAUACAACUGGAUCACCUUCCUCGCAUCAGCUUGUUUAGAGGGGUCAUUUAGACCCAUAAUAUUCCAUACUCCAAAAUUCAUAAAAAAAAACUAAUGAAAAAGAAUUAGCAACCCUUAGUACCCCCAGGACUGGGAGUUCUAAUGCCCUUAACAUAGGGCAAGAAACCCCUUUAACUUUAGAUUGUGCAAUCACAGACAGAUUACUAAUUAAGGUAGAGUUUUGAUUAGUAACCUUGAUAGGUUCUUUGUCCACAUUCAUAACUGGAAUAGGAAGCGCCACACCAGAAGCGUCUUCGACUGAAAUUCCCUCAGCUAAGCUAUCCACUGCUACAAAACUCACAUUUACUGGAUCAGCUAUCCACUGCUACAAACCUCACAUUUGCUAGAUCAUUCUCAUUAAAUACCUGCUCUGCUGAAGAUGAUGCCAUAGACAUCAUUUGGGAGAUCAGAAACUGUCAUACUCUGAACAUGAUGCAUAAACUCAGCAGAACCAUCAGCUGACCCGUCCUCCUCCUCCUCCAGAGUCCUCAAAGCUUGAUAAAGAUUAGGACAAAUCACCACUGCCCUGUUCUGAAUCAGAACAGGCUCUGUAAAGGACACCUGAAUCCCACACCAUCUCCAUUAGGCAUAUUCACUGUACCAUCAGCUUUUGUCGGAACUGGUUGUAUGAGAGUCCCAUUCUUUUUUAGCCAUACGCUGCUGACCCUUAACAUUUACAUUAUUUUCCCUAGUCAACAAAACAGCCUCUUUCUGAGUAGCUGGACAAUUCUUCACCACAUGCCCAAAUACUUUACAAUGUGAGCAUUUUGAUGGAACCCACUGAUAUUCAGCAUAUACUGGAACUCUCGACCCAUUCGGCAAUUCAAGUUUGAAUUCUGAAAUAAGCUCUGACUCCACACUGUCUUCCACACGGAUUCGAGCAAAACUUAGCCAUUUCUUCCCGUCAUCGAGUCAGCAUACAAAGGCCGACUAACUGUGCUGGCUAUGUAGCUUAUCCCAUCUUCAUCUGAAUAUUCAAGCGGAACAUUUGGAAAUUUUACUCAUAUGGGAUGCUUAUCUACAGUCUUUAUGCAGAGACACCUUUUCAGCACAAUUAGAUGAUUAACAAAAUGACAUGGCCCUCGUUCAAGAACACAAUCCCUAUAUCCUGCUGUUGCAAAUUUAAAGAAAUAAAAUCCCUUCUCUGUACCAAAGACUUCCAUCAAACCAUCCUUAUCCCAUAAUCGAUGAGCAAAGGAAUUUACAGAAUAAAACGGAAGUUUCUUAUCGAUGAAAUAGCCAACCAAACAAUUCCCCCUUUCCCCUCCUGCUACAGCAAUUUUCACUAGAGGAGUAACAAAAAUUCGUAUGUACUGAGUCGGGUUGACCUGCAACCACAUUUGCCCGUGACCCUACUUCUAGCCCACCCAUAUUCAUCUUAUUUGGAGAAGCUCCAACCUCUUUCUGGUUAGACAUAAAUGGUUCAGUGGAUGUGUGGAAAUUCAUUUGGAAGGGUUGGGAUGUCUUCUCUUCCCAUAUCAGAUUCAAAGUUCGUGAUGGUAGAUAUGUUCGAUUUUGGGAGGAUUUAUGGUGUGGUGACCAGCCAUUAUCUUACACUUUCUCAGAUUGUAUAGUAUUGUCACCGAUAGACAUGCCUACAUAGCUAACUGUUAUCGGUUUAAUAGUAGUGGGAUUGCGUGGGAUGUGCAUUUUAGGCGUUCUUUUCAGGAUUGGGAGAUGGACGAAGUAUGUGUUCUUCUGGAUAUGUUGUAUCAAUAAGAGACAAUUGGCAGAGGUAGUGAUG